AUGCGCGAUCCCGUCGCCUGCGCUGAUGGCCACUCUUACGAGCGGGUCAACAUCGAAAGAUGGCUCGCCACGAACAACACGAGCCCACGCACAGGGGCACAGCUGCCCAACAACGCGCUCAUUCCGAACCAUGCGCUGCGCAACUCGAUCGAGGAAUGGCUGUCGGCGAACUUCAAGCUCGUGCCGCGCUCCGCCGUGCACUUUGACGGCGAGAGCUUCAUCGCGCGCGGCAGCUUCAAGACCGUCUACCGCGGCACCCUCCAGGGGCGAUCCGAGCCGAUUGCGGUACUGCGCAUGCGCAUGGGCGGCUCGUGUGAGGAGGAGGCGGCGAAGCUCGUCAAGCUCGGCCGGCACUCGGCCCUCGUGCGGUACCUCGGUAUCUGCACCGAAGGGCCCGACCAGCUGCUGCUGACGGAGCUCGCGCCGCACGGCUCGCUCAAUAUGUUCCUCGAAGCGCACGAGGACGCGGUCACUCUGCCGCACAAGCUCAAGGUGCUCGAGCAGACGUGCGCGGGCAUGAUCGCGCUCAGUGGCGCGGGGAUGGUGCACCGCGACCUCGCGAUGCGCAAUCUCCUCGUAUUCGCAUUCGACGCCAUCGACCCUGCGGCCACCGUCAUCAAGAUUACAGACUUUGGCCUCGCCGUCGACCGGCACUACCAGACUCACGCGACUGUGCAGGGCGAGGAUGUGCCCUUCCGCUGGAUGCCGCCCGAGGCACUCCGCCGCCGCCGCUUUUCGGAGAAGAGCGACGUGUGGGCGUUUGGCGUGACAGCGUGGGAGCUGCUCACGGGCGGUGACAUGCCAUACGCAUUCAUUGGAUCCAACGAGGCCGUCGCGGAGCGUGUCUGUGGCGGCGAGCGCCUGAAACGCCCCAACGGCUGCCCGGACGAGCUGUGGGCGCUGAUUCAGCGCACGUGGGCGGCGGCUCCAGCCGAGCGGCCCACCUUCAUGGAGCUCGCGGGCGAGCUCACGCGCAUG